AUGAGGACUAACGCCAUCAUUUGCGCUUUCAUGGCCAUCACGGCCAAUGCUGGUCCACUGAACAAGCGCCAGGCCGCUGCAGGCAACCUCCAAACAUUCACUGGCAAUGUUGGAGGAGCGACUGCCCCUGCCGUCACCAACGUCGGCGGUGACAGACCGUUCGUGGUGGACGGAGUCAAAGACACGUUCAAGGCUGCUGGAGGCGCUCUUGACCGCUCAUGCUCCAUCCAAAAGAACGCGUGCGCCGAGGCGGCCAACUCAGGUGCUGAUGCCAGCAUCACUGUCGCGGACUGUGAUGCUCAGCGCCAGGAGUGUUCCCAGGCUGCCCAGACCGCUGCUGCAGGUGCCCAGGACGCCCAGGCCGGUGCUGGGGCUGCUGGCAAUAAGAACAAUGACAGCGCGGCUGCCGCUGGUGGCGCCAACGCUGCUGGUGGUGACCAAGCCAAGGAAAAUAAGGGACAGGGAGCCGGCGACCAAGCAGCGGCUGAGUGCAACGCAGCGGCCGGACAAGCAGCAGGACAAAAGAAUGCCACAGCCGGUGCCGCAGCUGGUGCCGCAGCUGGUGCCGCAGCUGGAGGCGCAGCCGUACUCCCUGACGGCCGUAUCGCGCAGGAUGCCGUCCCAGAGAACUUCAACGUGCUGGCGUCCCCGUUCAAGUCGGCAGUUGUCAAGGGUGACGGGCUGAACUUCAGCGAUGUGAUUACCUUCCCGGAUAUCCAGCCGUCAAUCUUCGACGCGGCGGGCAACACCAAGGCGUUCCAGAUCAACAUCAACGACCAGUCCAUCUUCGUGCCCGAGGGCCAGGCCCCUCAAGACCAGUUCCGACGUGCCGACCUGCUUCCCAGCAUUGCCUCGACUCUGAACAACGUCUCCACUACCGGCGUGAAGACGAUGCACUUCUCACUCCAGCAAGAUCCCGCCAAGCCUCUCGCUCUCACUACCAACGAGUACCAGCUGGCAUUCCUUGAGACUGCAGACUUUGAGAGCCGCAUCUUUGACGUGCGCGUCGGCACUGGCACCACCAGCCCGAGCCUGACCGGAGAGAACAUCGUCGUCCUUGGCCGCUCUGGGGACGCCAUUCAGGAGAUGUUUGUUGCCCCUUUCUCGGCGGACCUGCAAAACUUUGCCGUGACCUUGGACUUUGACCAGAACACCAUGCAAGUCUUCCACAGCACCGGACAGACCCCUCUCGCACAGGUUUCCGAGGCUGUCGCCAACGACAACACGGGUAAUGGCGAGUACCACUUUGCGCUUCUCAAAUUGGCGGACGCGCAGGGGCAGCAGGCUGCGGGCAUUGAUGAGGGCAUGGCCUUUGCGGGUAUUUUCAUGGAAGACUCAGCCGGUGGCGCUAUCACGCUGCAGUAAGUUGUCAUCUCAGAAGAGCCAAUGCAGCACAUGCAAAACAUGGAUUAGUACACUCGGGAUUGGUUCAUAAAAUUGGAGAUAGUUUGGGUGUUGUAUUUC